CACUGUUUACGUCACGGGCGCCAUAUACCGUCAACGGUUGAAGAAGAAGGUCCUCAAGUGUAUCGCGUUAAUUUCGUUCCCGACGGUGCGGGUCAAUACAAAAUUCAUGUACUGUUCAACAGAAUGGAAGUAAAAGGGUCUCCGUUCAUUCUCGACAUUGCUGAUGCAUCAGCAGUUUCCGUGUUUGGCGAACAACUACGUGGAGCGUCAGUUGGCCGUCCGGCAUCAUUUAUGAUCCAUGCGGCAGCAGCAGCUCCAAAUGACGUUAGCGUCGAGAUCACAGGCAUGGUUAUUCUGUUAUCAAGCCUUUUCUUUUUGCCGAUACUGCUGCUU